AUGUUGUCAGUGGGGAGACUACUGAAAGGAUUAAGACAAUCCCUUGUACGACUAAUUUCGUUUAUCAAAAAUCUGCUAUAUAGCAGUACAGGGAGGAGACUAGCGAGAUUGCUUGCAUUGUUUGGGCUAAUUGCUUGCAUUAUGUACAACAUCUACGACUUCUAUUUUAACCCUUUAAAGACAUUUCGAUUGCACCCUAAUGCUGUGAACUCCAAGAUCAUUUCAAAUGCGGAACUAGCAAUUUCUACACAAGAUACCACCCAGGAGUCAUUUCCAUUAUCCAAUCAGUUUCUAACUAGCAAUGAGUUUAGUUCCAUUUCACUCAAAGCUUUCACUGACCCACACCCAUUGAUUGUGGGAAAACCUGAAGAUUAUACGUUUGACGAGGGGUUUAUGUGCUCUGAGUUGGAAUACGAAGAUGCGUUUGAUGUUACUAAACAGGCAUAUCUCGACUCUGAUUUUGAAUACUUUAUGACCAAGUUCAAACAAAUAAAAGAGUAUGCCAAAUUAUUGAAAAAAGCAAAAGCCAAAUUUAAGCCAGUGAUUCCAGAACAUAAACAAUGGUUCAGGUUCGGAGGCUCAAGUGUUUGGCUAUCUCAAUUCAAAGUUCAUUAUAUGGUGAGUCGAGUAUUGUAUUCUCCCCUGGGUAUUGCCAACAAAGCGUAUGUUUCGUUUUUGUAUGUACAACUAUUCGACCAAGAUUGGAAGGAACUACCAAAGGGGACUAAUUUGACUAUACCUUUUGAAAAAUCCGACUCCACCAAUUGGAUGAACCUAGACGGGUCUGUAACUACGAUACGAGGCGAUCCGCAAUUGCGUUACAAACGGGUCGAAUUUCCACAUAUUUUACCCAUUCCUAUCGAUUAUGCAAUGCAAACUGAAAAUGAAAAGUACUAUUAUGGUCCCGAAGAUCCAAGAAUUAUAUUGAGAGAAAACCCAUUGGGAUUUGAAGAGCCAUUGAUUGUAUUUAACAUGAAAGAGUUGAAAAUCGUAAAACGUAUCAUGUUUUUGUAUUUACCAUUUUCAAAAACAUUAAACUUGUUGAAGAAAAGGACCGACAAGUAUGCCAAAAUUGAGAAAAACUGGACACCUUUUAUAAGUCCCAAUCAGAAGUCACAAAACAAACUUAAUUUUAUUUAUUCAAUCGUACCUUUGGAAGUUUUGGUGUGUGAAAUCGAUACGGCUGUGUGUGACUUUCUUCAAAAUCCGAAAAAGAAGAAAAAGAAUUUUGUCGGGGCACUAAGAGGAGGUACCCAAUUAGUCUCAUUACCAUUAGACAAGCUCCCGACUGCUGUGCGCGAUCUGCUUCAUAUUCCCGCCAACCGUAAUGUGUUUCUAGGCUGGGCAAGAGCACAUCUCAACAAAUGUGGUUGUGGUGAGUCAAUGUAUAGACCCAAUAUGAUUAUAUUGAUUGAGGAUUACAAUGAAGAAACUGGCAAGUAUUAUUACAAAUUGGGUGAUGUUUCAGAUUACAUAGAUUUUGGUGCAUAUGUACCACCAUGGGUAUCUCCGAAAAUCGAUCCAAAACUGGGUCAGUUGAUUGAAGCGGAGCCACUACCUUGUGAAGGAAGAAACGUGCUCAUACCCAAUUCCAUCGCUUAUUGGGACAUUGAAAGUGUAACUCGAGAUGGAAAGACUUUGAAGAAUUUUGACCAAUUGACGUCUCUUGAUUCCGUUUCGAUAAAUGAUUACAUGGGCGUUACAUUAUCAGCUGCUGAUCAAGACGUUUCCAUUGUUCAUUUACGUGGGUUAUUAAACUACAUUAUCAAAUUGCCCAGCUUAUUUGAUGAAUCUACAGCAGUUUACAAUCGUGACCAGUUCAACAUUCGUGGGUCAGAUUGGAAUUACAAAUGUGCAAUGAAAGCGAGUAAGGAGUAUUGCAAACAAGUGGCAUUGAAGAAUGGUAUACUCGAAGAAGAGGAGGAGGACCCUUAUUCAGGCUAG